AUGAAAUUACAACUCCCGCGCAGUGAAAACUGCGACGAGAGUUGCGAGAAGCAUGCAGCUAACUGCAUGACGGCAGCAACACGAUCGAUGAACGAAGGUGAUGAAGAGGAGCGGAGUGUAGACAUGUGUGCACGGUGCGUAGACGAGCCGAGAAGUGACCUGUGGCGUCGAUAUCAAUACCUUAUAUACAAAUCGCGUGUGCUGCACCUAGCAGAAAGGACUUUCAAAGACAUACUCAUAAUGAAAUUACAACUCCCGCGCAGUGAAAACUGCGACGAGAGUUGCGAGAAGCAUGCAGCUAACUGCAUGACGGCAGCAACACGAUCGAUGAGCGAAGGUGAUGAAGAGGAGCGGAGUGUAGACAUGUGUGCACGGUGCGUAGACGAGCCGAGAAUUGACCUGUGGUGUCGAUAUCAAUAUCUUAUAUACAAAUCGCGUGUGCUGCACCUAGCAGAAAGGACUUUCAAAGACGUACUCAUAAUGAAAUUACAACUCCCGCGCAGUGAAAACUGCGACGAGAGUUGCGAGAAGCAUGCAGCUAACUGCAUGACGGCAGCAACACGAUCGAUGAACGAAGGUGAUGAAGAGGAGCGGAGUGUAGACAUGUGUGCACGGUGCGUAGACGAGCCGAGAAGUGACCUGUGGCGUCGAUAUCAAUACCUUAUAUACAAAUCGCGUGUGCUGCACCUAGCAGAAAGGACUUUCAAAGACAUACUCAUAAUGAAAUUACAACUCCCGCGCAGUGAAAACUGCGACGAGAGUUGCGAGAAGCAUGCAGCUAACUGCAUGACGGCAGCAACACGAUCGAUGAGCGAAGGUGAUGAAGAGGAGCGGAGUGUAGACAUGUGUGCACGGUGCGUAGACGAGCCGAGAAUUGACCUGUGGUGUCGAUAUCAAUAUCUUAUAUACAAAUCGCGUGUGCUGCACCUAGCAGAAAGGACUUUCAAAGACGUACUCAUAAUGAAAUUACAACUCCCGCGCAGUGAAAACUGCGACGAGAGUUGCGAGAAGCAUGCAGCUAACUGCAUGACGGCAGCAACACGAUCGAUGAACGAAGGUGAUGAAGAGGAGCGGAGUGUAGACAUGUGUGCACGGUGCGUAGACGAGCCGAGAAGUGACCUGUGGCGUCGAUAUCAAUACCUUAUAUACAAAUCGCGUGUGCUGCACCUAGCAGAAAGGACUUUCAAAGACAUACUCAUAAUGAAAUUACAACUCCCGCGCAGUGAAAACUGCGACGAGAGUUGCGAGAAGCAUGCAGCUAACUGCAUGACGGCAGCAACACGAUCGAUGAGCGAAGGUGAUGAAGAGGAGCGGAGUGUAGACAUGUGUGCACGGUGCGUAGACGAGCCGAGAAGUGACCUGUGGUGUCGAUAUCAAUAUCUUAUAUACAAAUCGCGUGUGCUGCACCUAGCAGAAAGGAAAACAGACAAGAUAUCUAACGAAGUGGUAAAUUUGACGUCACAAACUAACAUAACUAAAAGAAAGAAACAAAACAAAAAUAAAACUUGCUUAAAACGAAAUGAUUCAGAGAUUGCUUCGGAUUCCUCAACAAACGUUGGCUCUAAAACGCUAUCUGAUCAUGACAACUCAUUUUUGUCAUUGGAUUCUCAAACCGCCGCUAGAAGCCUUCCAGAUCUCUCCACAAGAGACUAUGACGAAAUCAUAUUAUUAAAGGAAUCGAUUUCGAACUUAAACUCACAACUUGAAACAGCUCAUUCAGAGAUUGAAAAUCUACAUUUAGAAAAUAAUAAGAUGAAGAAGGAAAUAUAUGAAAAGGACAAUAAAAUAACAACAGCUGCUGACUAUAUGUUCUAG